AUGGGUAGUAAUUCGAAUUAUACGCCACUUGGACAAAUUAGAAGAUGGCCAAAAAACGAAGAUGAGACUUUAGGUCAACAAAGCACUUCUGCUGGAUUGUUAGCCCCAAUUCCUGGAGAACAAAUUGGUAUUCAAGGAGAGAUUUUGGUCCGUGCUCAAUUAGCUACGGGGGCCUGUACAAAAUGUGGUUAUGUUGGCCAUUUGCCUUUUCAAUGCCGUAAUUUUAUCCAAAUAAAGCCAAACCAAAAGACGGAAAUUGAUAUUUCCUCAACAAGUUCUGAGGAAUACACAACACCUUUGACAUCAAAAGAAGACAAGAAAAAGCUCAAAAAAAUGAAAAAACGUCAAAAGAAGGAAAUGAAAAAAUUAGAGAAAAAAAUUAAAAAAGAAAAUAAAAAGAAAUAUAGAAAGAGGAAACAUUCAUCCUCUUCUUCUUCAGAUACUAGCAGUAAUUCAACAAGUUCAGAAAAAAGUAGAAAGAGGCACAAGAAAAAAUUAAAGAAAAAGAAAUAUUUGUAA